AUGUCUGCUAUAACGUUGGUUGUGGACACUGGAUGGCUAGACAAAACAGCCUUGGCCAUACGAGUCCCAACAGACAGCUCGUCCGACGUCUUGGAUAUGGCAACAACCAAACGGAACAUAUUCUCGAUGCUAACAAAAAAAUGGAUCGAGACGGUAUCCUUUCCGAUUCUCUCAUCAUUCUGUAGAACGUUCGUAAACAGUGUUUGUUGUAGGUUGAAUACUUCCAGCAGAAACUUCUUAUCCAAAGCCCCAGAAGACUCUUUGGGCCCAAUCCCCACGUCAAAAAGCCCCAAUUCGCUGGAGUUUCGCGAAUCCAGUCCAGAUUCCAAAUUAGGUUGGAUCCAAAUGCUCUUGAGGAAGAAGUCGGGACUCGAAUACAAGUCUGAGCUUGGCUGGAUGUCCACAGACUUAAUAUAA